AUGGAUGAAGUGUUGAAUGAAAACAAAGUUAUUGCAGCAGAAAGCAAGAAAGUUGCUGAACGUGAAAAGAUUCUUGAAAUGCGAGUGAAGAAAUUAGAGUCUGACAACAAGGCAUUGUUGAAAAAGACUGAUACAGAUCAGACUGAAAUUGAUUUUCUGAAAGUGCGAGUGGCUGAGUUGGAAGAAGAAAAAGCUUGUAGAGAUGAGCAGAACAAGUAUUUCGAGAUGAAAAACAAAGAGCUUGAGACUGCAAAAGCAUUGAAAGAGCAUGAUUUCUACAUGUUGAACAAAGUUGUUGAGAAUAUGCUCGGAACGUCAAUUGAACAAAGAUAUGAAGAGAUUCAAGUUGAAGAGCUUAGGGAAAAACGCCAAGCUGAGAUUGACGAACAUAUGAAAGAUAAGGGUAAGGGUGCUGAUAGCAGUGUGGUAGCUGUUGAGAGAUCAAUUGUUCCAUCCUUAAUGAUUGAAAAUCUAGUACCUAUAUCUUCCGUGUUAGCACUUUUUGAAGAACCUGUGACUCUAGAAGAUCUUGAUGCUGAUGACGAUGAGGAAGAUGAGGAGGAGGAUGAAGAUGAAGAGGGUGAUGAGGAAGAGGGUGAUGAUGAGGAUGAUGACGAUGAUAAGAAAGUAUUUUCUGCUAGCAGUCAUAGUUUUGAUAAUGACGAUGACGAUGCUCAAGGUGGUAUGGGUAUUAAAGUAACUGAAGCUUCCAGUGAAAGAACUGUUGAUGAUUUUCUGAAUGAUAUUGUGAAUGAAGAGUCAGGGGGAGCUGAAGGAAAGGGGGAGUCUGGUGAUGCUCAAAAUGUUGAACAUGUUGAGAAGUUAAUUUUGAGAUAG